UUAUUACCAGUCGAUGCUUCGCCGUCGAUGACGUCGGUUUGUGUUUUUCGAAAGGCUGUAUCGAGUUCUAUUAUUAUUAUUAUUCUUCUUCUUAUUGGAAUUUAUAUCAAACAAAAAAUAAAUAAAUAAUAUUUAUUUAUAAUAAAUUCUUAUUCUUGUUUAUUAUUGAAUGCGGAUUCUAUAUGUGGACUAAAAAUAUACAAAACAAAAAAGAAAUGCAUCCGAAAGCAAUAAAACAAACAGAAAACAACAAAACUACAUUAAAUUAAUUAAAACAACUGUGUUUUUUUCGAAUUAAGUGAUAGAUUAAUGAUAAUUUCAAGAAAAAUACAAAAAGUGUCAAAGUGACAAGAGCAACUACUUGAUAAAAGAGUUUUGGAUUAAAAUAUACAAAACAAAAAAAAUAGAAGAAACACAAAUUUUGUGGUGAAUAUUUUAUGCCUUCGUAGUGAUUUACAGUUUCGGCAACAUUGUUUACACACAAAACUAAACAACAAGACCAAUAAAAAAGUAAUAGACUGUUUUUCAAAAACAAAAAACAAAGGACUAAAAAAAAAAUCUGUGAACUAUAUUGAAUUAAAAAAAAAACUUGUGGGCUUUGUCGUAUUGGAGUUUUUUUUGUGAUAUAAUUUUACUUGGAUUACCAGUUGUUUAUUCAUUUGAAUUUAUUUUGGAGUCAAUUCGUUAUACAAGCCAAUGAUGAUGGAGUACAACCGGAAAGCGUAAUAAAAAUUGAAUCACACACAAAAACGCAGAAUACCUGCUACCUAACCUCUCUACCUACAACAGCGCGCUCUACAGCAUCAACUUUAAUCAAAAUAACAAAUAAAUACAAAAAAACAGUUAAAACUAAAAUACUUGUCAUCUCAAAAUAAGCACACAUGACUGGUCUAAGGAAGCUGUCUACGUGAGAUUUAUUUUCUUCGAAUCAAUAAUCAUCAAAGAAAAGAAAAACCAAACAAACAAAAAUUAAAUAAGUAAGGUUUCAAAAACAAACCAAAAUUUGAAAUCUUCCAAAACACAGUCAAAUCCAAAAUGAAAAUGUUACCAGUGCAACUAUCGUUGAAUCCACCGCUAGGGCUCUGGAGUGAUGUGCUAUGGCGGUGUCCACCAGCACCUCCGAGUCAGUUGGCCGAAUUGAAAACCCAGUUGCCGGCAUCUUUGCCCUCAGACCCACGACUCUGGGGUCGAGAAGAUGUUACAGUCUUUUUAAGAUUUUGCGAACGUGAAUUUGAUCUACCCAAAGUCGAUCAUGAUUUAUUUCAAAUGAAUGGCAAAGCUCUAUGUCUACUGACAAGAGCUGAUUUUGGUCAUCGUUGUCCUGGAGCCGGAGAUGUGUUGCAUAAUGUCUUACAGAUGCUCAUAAUCGAAUCACACAUGAUGCAUUGGCAUCUGCCCAAUAGUCCAGUUACGCCCACCAGCCGUUACCCUUUGUCACCUCAUAGUCAUCCGCCAACGCCUACAUGGCCACCAAUUGUACCACCAGAAAGUCCCUUUCACAACGCACACAUGCAUCACUUUAUGCCUCCAAACUCUGUGACCCUGAGUCCACCGCCAUCUGUUGACUCACAGGCCAGUAGUCCGCCACAAGGUCAAGAACAAAAUGCCAGCAGUAAUGGCAGUUCCAGCAGUCAAAGCAAUAUGAACAACGGAAGUGUUUUCAUCCAAAAUAACACAACCAGUUCGAGUAGCAAUCAAUCGGAUUCGGAUGAGGAAACGUAUUCGGAAUCAAAAGCUGCAUCCCGGGCAGCAGCAGCAGUUGCUGCAGCUGCAGCUGUGGCGCAGUAUAAUAACAAUAGUCCGCCACCUACACCCGUUCUAAAGGAUAUGUCACCAAGUCUGACGCAUCAGAUUACAAAUAGUUUUGUGAAUACUUGGUCACAAAACCAAGCCAACCAGAAAAUGCAUAGUGCCUCGGGCAGCACCAGUAAUGGUGGGUCUACAUCGGCGCCAACAACUCCCAGUUAUAUGCCAGUGAAGAGGGAGUUUUUCCCAGAGAAUUCUGAGCCUAAUACAAAUGGUCGCCUAUUGUGGGACUUCUUGCAACAGCUUUUGAAUGAUAGAAAUCAAAAGUACAGCGAUUUGAUCGCAUGGAAGUGCAGAGAUACAGGAGUCUUUAAGAUUGUGGAUCCAGCUGGUCUAGCCAAAUUGUGGGGAAUUCAAAAGAAUCACCUUUCAAUGAAUUACGAUAAAAUGUCAAGAGCUCUCCGAUACUACUAUCGAGUGAAUAUUCUGCGAAAAGUUCAAGGAGAACGUCAUUGCUACCAAUUUCUUCGAAAUCCUACUGAACUAAAGAACAUUAAAAACAUUUCACUGCUUCGCCAAUCAGUGGCGAAUUCAUCAGGCACAGGAAAUAGUAGUACAGCUGGCAAUGUACAAUCACCCGCAACCAGUGGCAGUUCAAACUGGCCAAUGUCUUCCCAAAAUAAUGGCCAAAAUGGUCAACAACAAGGACAGACACAACAACAUCAACAACAACAACAACAGCAGGCAGUUUCACAACAACCCUCGCAAUCACCCCAGAGGCCGUCUUCAAGAAGCAAUAACAACAACAAUCAACUGGGUAUACCUGGUGCCCUGCCUUCAGCUUCAGCGAUCUCGCCAUCGGCAGCGGCUGCUGUAGCAGCUGCAGCAGCAGCUUAUGGCCCACCACCCACAUCCCCAUUAUUUAUGCACGCCAUCAAUGGUGCCUUUCAUUACCUCACUUCAAAUAACCAACAACAACAACAGCAGCAACAACAACAACAGCAGCACCAACAACCGCCCAAUUCACCUGCACUGCCUACAACACCCAGCGAAAGGCUUCAAUUUAACUCGAUAAAAUUGGAGUCAAAUAGCCAAGAUGGAGAUGAAAUGAAACCAACUGAUCUUAGUGUGUCAUCGGGUCAUUCGUCGUCUUCGGAAAAGAGAAGCUAUUCACAAUCAUCCAGUUCUGAUUGUUAUCCAUUGAUUCGCAAUGCAGAUGGUCUGACCACAAUAAAACUGAUUCGCUACAACGAAAAUAGUUCGCCAGAGUCUCCCAGUCAUAUGCAGCAGUGUCACGAUUCAUCCGAAGAUAUGCAAACAUCAACAAAUAUGCAAACUGAAACAAGCAGUGAAACAGGCAAUUACGAAAGUAAUAUGCCUACAGAUUUGCGUAAAUAAAUUUAAAAAAAAAAAAUAAAUUGCUGGACAGUAUUUCAAAAAAAAAUUAAAAAACAAAAAUAUAUGAAAAUUAAACAAAAUAUAGAAAUUAGACAAUCACAAAAUAUUGAUUUGCGUGAUGUUAAAUCAAAAACAAAAAAAAGUUAAAAAAAAGAAAGAAAAGAAUAUUUUUUUAUGAACAAUAUUUGCAAUCCAGUUUUCUGGGCAAGAUUAGUAGGAGUCUGUAUAAAUUAUUCAUACAUCUAUAUUAUAUAUAUAUUUUAUACAAAAACAAAAUAAAAAAAUAUAUAAAUAUAUUAACACACACUGAGAAGAAAAUAAUGAAGAAAAAAUAUUUAAUUUUAUUAAAUUAGCAAGUAAAUUAUUUUAAAAAAAUGAUGAUGAAAACAAAAUUAAAUUUAAGGUGAUUCUCAAAUCAAAAACAAUGUAAAAUGUGCCAAUUUAAAUGAUAAUUCAUAAAAUUUCUGUAAAAUUUAUUUAAUUGAUUUUUUUUUUCUAAAUAAGAGAGAUAUUAGUUCAUUAAAUAGGCAAUAUAUCGUUAUAUACAUAAACAUUAUAUAUAUAUUAAAUAAUUAAUAUUAUUAUUAUUGUCAACAAGACGAAGCUAUAUCACGCUUCUGUUUUAAUUUUUUUUAAAUAUUUUUUUAGUUUCUAAGAAUAAAAAAAAAAAUCCUCUCCAAGCUUUACACUCCUAUGGAAAAUUAGGAAAUGAAAUGAUAAUUAAGUUUGAAGCACAUGAAUUGGUAAAAAAGCUUUUUUUUGUUAAAUAAAAGAAUUAAUAAAAUAAAAAAAUAAAACGAAAAAAAAUAAUUAAUUUUUGUCAAAGAUGUAAAUACUUUUUUUUUUAAUUUUCCUUGUUUCCUUCUUAAAACGUUGGAGGAAUUAUUAUUAAUUUGUGCUUCCCUUUAUUUUAUUUUUUAUACAUUUUUGUCCUCCCCACAAAAAAAAAAAAUAUUUAGAAAUUUGUGAUUCGGUCGUCAAGUUGUAGUUGUAGAACGAUAAUUUUUUUUAUUUUCGAUUAGAUCGUUUCAUUAAUUUUGUUUAUUGUUGAUUUUUGUUUUACGAUUUAUGUGAUAACAUUUUUAUUAUUUUUUUUUUUUUUUAUUUUAUAAUAUUUUUUUCUAUUAAAGAAAUCGAAAUGUGUAUAAAAAAAAACACUUAUCAGCUUCAACAGCUAUUCAUUAAAAAAAAAAGUAAACAAAUAUUAAGAUUUAACGACCUUGUGCAAAGCACCAAGUUUCAAGUUUCAGCAUCAAGUUUCAGUGCAAACUAGGGUCUAAAAAAAUUAAAUUAAAAUAUAUUUUCUUAUUUUCUUCCAAAACCAAACAUUUAAGAAAAAAAUAAAUAUAAACUAAAAAGUGUUUAAAAUAAAAUCGGCUUCCAUUUUUUAAGUAAUCUUUUGUGUUUAUCUCUAGAUUAUAGUUUUUAGAUUGUACAAUAAUUUUAUCAAUUAAAUAAAUAUAAGAAAAGAAAUGACUAUAUGAAAAAAAUAAAAAAGAAAAAAAAAAUAAAUUAAAUUAAAUUAUAUAUCAUAGACUAUGUUAACUUUAAAUAAAAAUAAAAUGAAAAAAAAAAAAAAAACAAUUAAAAUAUCAAUUUUAUCAAUGCAAGUCAAUGCGAUGAUGUUUUUCGCAAACAUUUUUAGUGUUUACUUGCUUUGUUUGUUAUUUCUUUUUUUAUUAUUAUUUUUUAAUUUAUAAUCAAUGCAUAUUUAACAAAAGAAAACAAAAAAAAAGCAAAAAUAAGGCUUCCAUUUUAUUUCAUAGUUAAAAUUGAAAACACAUAUUAAAAUGGAAGGGGGGCUCUCUUUUUUGUUCUAUAUAAUAUAAAAAUAUAUAUGAAGGGCUAUAAAAAAGUGUUCAGCUGCACGCAGAAAGCAAAACAAUAUAUAAUUUUCUUUCUACUUGUAAAUAUUAGGUAAUUAUUAUUUUAUUAUUAUUAUUAU